UCCACAUUCCAACGCACACACACUAUUCCCAUUUCUCACUUUCACUGCAUUCCUUCAUGCUUCAUCGGCUUAUGGCUCACCUGGUCACUCGCACUCAACUCGCCCGAGUCACGCUGCUCAUUCAUCGCCACAAACCUUUCCUCACAACAAUUUCCUCUCUCUCUCAAUUCUCCACCAAAACCAGAGCCUGGACGGCUUCCAAUCGCCGUCCGCCGACGCUCCCGGAUGAGCUCUCCCGAAACGUGGUGUUCCUGUCGUGCAAGUCCGCCGCCAAAGGCGGCCUUUGCCACGUCUACUUGGUCGGCGUCACUCACCUGUCCGAGGAAUCAACCAGACAAGUUCAAGCUAUAGUGAAAUUUCUGAAACCGCAGGUUGUCUUCCUAGAAUUGUGCGAGAGUCGGGUGGGACUGCUUGCCCUUAAGAAUCUUAAGGUACCCACUACGGACGAAAUGAUUACAAUGUUGAAGAAAAAACAUAAUAUGUUUGAAGUAAUUUAUAGUUGUGUCCAAGCCGAGGUUGCUAGUAAGCGUGGGGUCAUUCCUGGCUCUGAGUUUCGUGUGGCAUAUGAAGAAGCCAUCAAGUAUGGCGGCAGAGUAACACUUGGUGAUCGCCCUAUACAGAUUACUUUGAGGAGAACAUGGAGCAAGAUGCCACUUUGGCAUAAGACAAAAUUGUUAUGCUUUUUAUUUUCUCUACCAGUUAUUUUACCCAUAUCUCAUGUUCUUAAUAAGAUGCUGAAGAAAAAUGAUGACAGUGACAGGCCAAAUCUUCUUAUUCGGGUAGCGAGUAAGGAGUUUCCAACUUUAAUGGAGACUGUGGUGCAUGAACGAGAUCGGUAUAUGGCCACCACAUUAUUACAAGUGGCAAGUCGAAAUAGCUUAGUUGUAGCUGUUGUUGGAAAGGGGCAUCUACAGGGAAUAAAGAAGCAUUGGAAGAAAACUGUUUGGGAGGAUCUCAUGUCAGUUCCAUCUCCCAAACCAGCUGUAUCUGCAAUAAGAAUCUUAACAUCUGUCGGUGUUGCCGUGGCUGGGGUGGCUAUAGUAUCAGGCAUCUAUAUUUCAUGGAAGAAAUGACUUUCUGGCAUCCACAGGAACGUUUAUCUAGGAAUUGAAAUAUGUAUCAGUUGAGUCAAUCAUCAUCAAAGUUGAUGGAUAAGCGAUUUAAUCUUCUUUUUUUUUUCUUUUUUUAAUGUCUCAAGAAUUAAAAUUUUCUUUUUAAAUUUUUCCAUGGAAAUAUUAGUGAAAUCUUGGUCACUUAAA